CUUAACAAUAAAAUAUGUUCCCACUUUACGAUGUUAUCAAUUACACCUGCAACAGUUCACCUUGAAAUGGAACAAAUAGUUAACUGCGUUUUAGUAACGACCUUGUAAAUGCAAGUGUUUUCUAGGAAUCUGGUUACUCUCAUUUCUACUGUCAAACGAGUUUUCCACGAUAGAUUUAUCGCUUUAUCAAUUUCUUUUUUUCCUACAAAAAGUGUUAGUCUUAAGUUGCUUCGAAAGUGCGUUUUUUUGCAUAGUAUUAUCUUUGAAAAAAUUUUAAUGGGCUUGCAAUAAAUGAGUUAGAGGCGGUGUCAUUGCAUAUAAUUAUGUAAGAACUUAUCUUAUCAAGUUCUGUUUAGUUGUUAGGACAAUUAUUCCAUUUAAAACGCAGGGAAGCACUUGUAAGUACAAAGUAGAUUUUGUGAUUGUUUUUAUUAAGUAUAUCUACUCAUGCCACUUAACAUUUAUCUGAGAUUAUCUCGAUGCAUUGACGUGUUAUUAACGUUUGUGUCUGUAAUGAGUUUUGUGUCAUUAAACAGUAUUUUUUAAAAGUAAUUGAUGUUGAAGUCGGUUUAAGACCAAAGUAACCUUCUAGUGUGAUGGGAUAAUAUAUUUAUGAAAGUGUUUUGUUUUUAAUUUAUAAAGUAUUUUUACAUAAGUGAUCAGAUGUUGGAAUUUUGUGAUGUCUACUGUACAGUAUAUGCCUCUGCCCAUGAUGGAGUUACCAGAGGAUGGGAGAGCAGAAAAACCCAGCAGAAUUUCAGAUGAAUCAACGGGCCUUACAUCUCCGGCUCAAGAUGAGAAAGUCAUCAUUCCAGAAGCUGACUGUAACAAAUUCAGCUUCCAUAAAUUAUGGGCAUUCACCGGUCCUGGAUUCUUGAUGAGUAUUGCUUACCUUGAUCCUGGAAACAUACAAAGUGAUUUGAAAUCUGGUACAACAGCUAAGUACAAGUUACUAUGGGUUCUGAUGUGGUCAACAGUUCUUGGACUAGUCAUGCAGAGACUAUCCGCUCGGUUGGGAGUAGUUACUGGACUACAUCUUGCUGAGAUGUGUUAUCGACAAUAUAGAUUAUUACCAAGAGUGUUUCUUUGGCUGAUGAUGGAGGUGGCCAUCAUAGGAAGUGAUAUGCAAGAAGUCAUAGGCACUGCAAUUGCACUGUAUCUACUUAGUAAUACCAAGAUUCAGCUGUGGAUGGGUGUUCUAAUAACUGUAGUCGACACUUUUACUUUUCUCCUUUUAGAUAAGUAUGGCCUUCGAAAACUGGAGUUGUUUUUUGGCAUACUGAUAACUAUUAUGGCAGUAGCUUUUGGAUAUGAGUUCUUUGUUGCUCAACCCGAUGCCAUAGAAGUUGUGAAGGGUAUGACUAUACCAUGGUGUAGCUCUUGUGAUAGUGAAACCCUUGGAGUGGCAAUUGGUAUUGUUGGCGCAGUGAUAAUGCCUCAUAAUCUUUACUUGCAUUCUGGACUAGUUAAGUCCCGUCAUAUCGAUAGAUCAAAACAAGAAAAGGUCAAAGAAGCCAAUUUCUAUUUCUUCAUUGAAGCCUGUGUUGCCCUUCUUGUAUCUUUUAUCAUAAAUGUCUUUGUUGUCUCAGUAUUUGCUCAUGGCAUGUACAAAAAAACUAAUCAUGAUGUAUUUGAAGUAUGCCAAGAAAAUAAUUUUACUGAUCAUUCUGACAUAUUUAAUAAGAAUCCCAAUGGUACUGUUGAUGUCGAUAUUUAUAACAGCGGUGUGUUCUUGGGUUGUCAAUUUGGAGCUGCAGCGAUGUACAUUUGGGCUGUUGGUAUACUAGCUGCAGGUCAAAGUAGUACAAUGACAGGAUGUUAUGCAGGGCAAUUUGCAAUGGAGGGUUUCUUAAAUCUGCAAUGGAGUCGUUGGAAGAGAGUUUUAUUCACUAGACUAGUGGCCAUAGCACCCACUUUUUAUGUUGCGUUUUUUUCACGGAUUGAUGAACUGAGUUCACUAAAUGAUCGCCUUAAUGAUAUCAUGAGCCUUCAGCUUCCCUUUGCCACCUUGCCUGUUAUUGCCUUCACUAGUAAUCCUAAUAUAAUGGGUGUGUUUGCUAAUGGACUGGGCAAUAGACUGGUUUCUUGUCUUCUUAGUGCUGUUGUGAUUAUCAUUAACAUUUCAUAUGUUAUCACCAGUUUCAAAGAUAUAAAUAUCUGGUGGCAGUGGGUUCUUCUUUCUGUUUACAUGGUGCUGUAUGUUUGUAUGUGUUUCUAUCUGAUAGUACACACUGCUUGCAGCAUGGCUUCUCCUGAUGGGUUUAUAGGUCGACAAUCGUUUAUUAAAAAAUACAUCCUUGGACAGUCAGUCGCAGAGUUUCAUUUGGAAAGAGAUUAUGAAUCACCUUUAUCAAGAGUGACUGGAUCAAGAUACUGUUUGAAGGAUGAGGAUACCAACUCAACAUGCAGAAUUUGAACUCAUUUCUUAAACAUCUUAAUAAAUCUUGAUGGAAUGAAGAAGAGAUUUAUUACUGAUGAUUUCUAAAAGGAAUGUUAAUUCAAAUCAUAUCAUGUCAAAUCCUCUAGAAUCAAUGUUUUAGAAAAUAGUAACAAAAAAACUUGUAUUUUAUGAUGUUUUCCCUCAAAUAAUUUUGAUUCUUCUUCCAAAUCACACCAAAAAGUAAAAUAAAUCCGAGAUCUUAUAGUUCUGAUCUUAGAUCUUAUAGUUAUGAUUCUCAAGACUGAAUGAUUCAACUUGAUGUAGUUAAUCUAAUUAGAUGUUGUGAAGUUAAAUAAAAAAUACAUUCAAUUUCAUAGUUUUAUUUUUCUUAACUUAUAGCAUUCGUCUUUUUAAGUUAAGAUGUGGUGUAUAAUUAAAAACACCACAGUUCUCUCAUUGAAUUUUCAGUCAAAAUCCCCUUCUACCUGCUAUUUUUUGAAAAAUUGAAUACUGUUCCGUUUGAUUCUAGAGGGUCAUAUCUCGUGUACAUUUUCAAUAGAUAAAUUGUAUGUUUUCCUUUUUAUAGUUUAUGCAUUGGUGAAAAGAGGCUGAGACUGUAUUCACAUGUGUCUGUGAUUUUUAUUUAUCACUUUUACAAAUUUUAUUCUUAAAUAAUUAAUCGUGUCUUGUGCCUUAUUUCUUGUAAAACAAUUUGUUCUGUUUGCUUAUGUUAUCAUUAAAUAGAAAACAGUAUAUUUCAUUUUUACUCUGCUGUUUACUAUUGUACUUUCCUUUUUUAUUGUUUUCAAAUUAUUCUGGUUGUUUCACAUAAUAUAAGUUAUUUUAAAUUAAAAAUAAUUUGAUUUUUAUAUCCAUUAAAUUGCAGUCGCAUUUUCCUGAGAAAUUUAAAAUAUUAUUUUGAUGGUAAUAAUCUUAUUUAUUAUGAAAGGUGACAUUUUUUUUUUUAAUUAAUUUUAUCUAAUGUAGUUCCUAUUUAUCUGAACCUAUAUUUAAAACACAAAAUAUUAAAAUAAAUUUAUACAUUAUUAAUCAGCUAAGAAAAGUUGAUCCCAGGAGACAAAUAAUUUGUAAUAAAUAUUACAACUUAUGAAACAUUCUAAUUAAAUUUUGAUUUUGUAAUUUAUUCAGAAUACUUAUUUUUUAGAUGAUAAACACAUUGACAUGCUUAUUAAAUUUGUACUGAGAUAAGAUUUGUAAAGGAAAUAAGUUAUAAAUAAAUUAGUUAAUUGUU